ACUCGCAUGUGACCACCGAAUAGUGUACAGAGGGUGUGGUGAAAGUUGAAGCCCCAUUCAGUUUCAGUUCGCCUGACUGUCACUUUGCUUUCUCGUAAAAUUUGUGGAGCAUCUGUGCUAUUUUGGUCGUCCAUCUGCUGACUGAAUUGCAGGAAAAGAAUAGUGUUAGCAACAUUUUGGUAAGGAUUUACUGUGUGUCGAUGCUGAUCGAUCAGUUCACCCUUCUGGAUUUUUGAAGUUAGAAAAAGUAAUUUCUUCGGUGUUUUUUCCCGACGCGGCCCAGAAGCCAGCUUGCCUAAAUGACAAUGGAAGGGUGUGGAGCCAAAUGCAUCAAAUUUCUCCUUUUUGUGAUCAACUUCAUUGUGGCACUAUGUGGUCUAGGCCUGAUUGCCACAGGUCUUCUCAUCAAGUUUGGAGCCGUUGACUUUAUCCCCAUCGACGAUGUGGCCAACCUGCUGAACAGCCAGCUGUUGCGGAGCGCCGUUUACAUCAUCAUCGCGGCCGGCGGCUUCGUGUUCCUCGUCGCCGUCUGCGGCUGCUUCGGGGCGCUGUGCGAGAGCAAGUGUCUGCUGGUUCUGUAUUUCUUGCUUCUGUUCAUCGUGUUUGCCGGCCAGAUCGCAGCGGGCAUUCUGGCCGCGUUGUACACGCGUCAGAUCACUGAUUAUCUGACCAAUGAAAGCAGGGAUUUCCUCAAGACAAACUACAACAACACCAACACCACCACCAACGAGUUCGCCACAGCGGCCUGGGACCUCAUCCAAACCAAACUGGAGUGCUGCGGGGUGGAAGGUAGUGCAGAUUACGCAGGCAAUACAUUCAUCGUUAACGACAACUUACCGUACCCGAAGUCCUGCUGUCCAAGUUCGGAAUGCAGCAACAACGUUGUGAGAUCUAAUGGAUGCCAAUCAGCAAUUGAAAAGCUGAUCUCAGACUAUGGUACCAUCAUUGGAGCAACUGCGGUAGGAGUAGCUUUCUUCGAGCUGUGUUGUAUGCUCCUUGCCAUCUGCGUCUGCAGGAACGUCGACUCCGAAGAUUAGUAAACGACUCGGCAGUGUAAAAAAAACAGCUAGCUUAACGUGUAGAAAGAAACAAGAGGCAUCUUGAUGUAAACAGUUUGAAAAUGUGUACACAAACGCUCAUAGGCUUGAGAGUUUUUCCCCCGUAAAAAAAAACAAAAAACGUGUGUGACCAGUCGGUUGGACACACGGAAACAACUUCCCAGCUUUUUUAGCAAUUUACAGUUCCAGGUAGGACAUUUCACCCCCGUUUAUUCCGCCCCAUAAAUGUGGUCUGAACGUGGUUUGACGAUAGUAUUUUCAUAUCACGUAAGACAAAAAAAUCACGGCGUGUGGUAAAGUCUGUGUUACCCGUUGGAAAACAAAGUAGAAACCAUGUAAAAAAAAAAAGAAACUAACAGGUCAGAUUUUUAAAGUAUUUGUAGAUAAGCCAUGUUACAGGUGAGACUUAAUGAGAUAUAUUAUUCAAACGAGUGCCUGUCUCACCAUUACCUCUAGAGGGCGUGCUUCAUGCUUUUUUUUAAACCGUCAGGUCAGGAUCACGGGAUAUCUGAACAAAAUAGUUUUAUUUUGAGAGAGAAUUGGAAAAAAAGGUGACGUACACAUUUUAGUUUUGUAAAUUAAUUCAUCCCCCCGAUUUACAAACGCUAGAAAUAGAAAAGAAAUGAGACUCUGUAAAUAUCGUUCCGGAAAAUAUAGUAGGGGAAAAUAUGAAGUGAUAAAAAUAUUUGAAUAUAGAUCGAACUUUUAGAACUUAAUGACCUUAAAACCUGUAGUAUUAACUCCAAUUGCCUUGUAGGUAGAAUUGCUAUGCGUGUUACUAUAAUGUGUCAUAUUAAGAAAUGCGACAAAUGGUGCGAAAAUGCUCUAAUGUGUAAGCAAAGAAGAUGUCUUUUUUUGUGCAUUUUAAGAACGAAAGUUCUCUUUUUUCUAUACCUGUAUUGACUUAUAUGGUAAUAUUUGUGACAUGUGGUAAAAUGUUCAUUGUCGUUGACAAAGUUUCUGUAAAAAAAAAAAAUUGGCUUAAGUAGGCGGCCAUUUUGGGGAGGACAAAGAAAAGAGGAAGGUGUUACGGUUUUAUUAGAUGGCCCUGUGUCAUGGAUAAAAUCAAUGGCCCUUUCACAUGGAUCAAUUCAUUCAUGUCAUCUGAUGUACGUGUAGUCGUUUCCUGUCCUGAGUGAGGGGCCAUCGCCAUGGCAACAAUGAUGUCAGGACUUACUGAAACAUUUUGUAAUCAUGGCUACCAGUAUGAAAUUUCCCUUCUUUUCUUUUUUUCUUCCCUUAAAAUGGCACAAAGAACUCUUUUUCGCUGUUCUACCUCGAUCUCGACUGAAGAAGAAAUUUUUAAAAAAGGGCUUCGUCUUGAUUAUAGAUUGACAAAGGAACACUGUCGUGAAAUAAAUAAAGGAUUUUGAAAUAGAAAUUGCAUGAUACACCGUGCCCUCUGGAGACGUGCACUGUAUGACUAAAUUGUACUGUAUGAAAUAUAGGCUAUGCAUACAUGUAUAGCUGAAGAAUGUCUUUAAAAGAAGUGAGUAUGUAUUCAUCUCCCAGAUAUCAGUGCUGGUGAUUGGUCAUUUAAAAUUCAAGGUCUCUGUCCUAAUUUGGAUUGACCAAUUGAAAGGUACUUCACAAAAGAUGCCGGUAUGACGGUGUUCCUUUGCUAAUAAGGCUCUCAGGCAGGGCACCUUGUAUGGUGCCAUUGUACAAAAAAAGCUGCAGCGUCUGCGUGCAUCUAGAAAUGUGUCCAAAACAAAGUGUGACGUGUAUUAGGAUCGUGUCUUUCAAAGUUUUAACGAGCAGCGGAGUUUUACGAAGGUGUGUUUCUUCAGGUACUGUAGGUUAAUGCAUUUCUGUACAUGUAGCUUACUAGUGUGUCAUAUCUGAAAAUAAGCCAAUGUUUUGAAACUGAUGCAUUUUGCGAGAUCAAGAAGUAGUCACAAUUGUAGUUUUUACGGAAGGCAGAACAGAAAUUAUGAGGAUACAUUUUUGGAACUGGUAGAGUGGAGAUGGCUUAUUCAGUGUCAGGUUAAAGACAUUAAAAUGCUUAACAGGGAGGGGGAACAUUGUACUUAUCUAAUCAUUCCUGUAAAUGUUUGUUCAAAGAGUAUAGUACAUGUACUUUCAAGAUUCCAGAUCUUUUGACAUUAAGUCAGUUGAUCAACAUUUCCUAGUAAUUUUUUAGAACCGACGUCGAUAACCGGAGUGAAUUGUGCUGUUCAAAAUCUGCAUCAUGGUUUUAAAUAUUCUGCAUAUUGAUUAGCGCUGUAAACUUGAAUAUUCACUGUUUUGAGUCAUUCUGAUAAUUUUUCUUUUUUUAGAGGCAUUGAAGUUCGUUCUUUAUUGUUACAUUGAGGAAAAUCUUGAGGCUCUUUAAUUUUGCGUGUAGAUUUUUUCAAGCUUGUGGCAAAAUGCUGCUUUUAAUUGUCAAUGAAUUUGGUCAUCCCUCCUUGUGAAGUUAAAUGGGAGAGUCCACUGUAACACCCGAUUGAGUGGGAAAAUCCAUUCCUAAAAAGCAGGGAUGUUCGCGGUCACAAAAAUAGAAAUACUGUAUAGUUUUGUUUGUGAAGAGAACACAUUUUGCACAGUCUUGUCUUAUUUGGAAUUCUUUUUGACUCGGCUAUUUUUUAAAUUUUUAUUUUCUCAAAUUUCUUUUCAAACAAAAAAUCUGCACAAAGUGAAAUCUUUUGGUUUUGUUGUAUUGAAAGCGAAUGUACAUUUAAAACAAAACAAAAAAGCGCAAUUGUUAGAAAGGAAAAAAAAAGUACUUAGUAUGUACUAUUAUAAGACAGUAGUCGUUUUAAUGAUUGGUAUUUAACCACACUUAUCCUAAACGUUGUAGUGACUAGACGGAAGGUUUUUCUUUUUAAAUGUCUUUAGAAAUAAGUGCAUGACUUCUUAAAGGAUUUUGUAUGUAUAUACUAGAACGAUUGUACUGUGUGUGUGGUUUUGGUGGCGUCAUAAAAGUAGCAUACUAAGUUCAGUAUUUAGGUGAAACUAUUUAAAAGUUAUAUUUUGUACUUUUUAUAUGUGGAGGCUGUAUCCAGGGGGGUAACAAAUAAACUAGGAGCAGAGAAAAUUGUCCUAAUUAACAGUAGUUGGGGCUUACACUUUCUGCAUUCACAGUAGAAGAAGUUAAAUUGAUGUUGAAGUUAUUUUUAAGGCAUUUGUUUUAUACUCUGCACGUACAGUCUACUGCUGUACUACUCUGUCAAACUGCAAGAAAGUUGAAGGCGGUCCUGAGCAUCAUGUCCGACAUUUAAACGACUGUCCAUUCAGAGUAGGUAACACACACUUUCCAAAAAAAAAUCGGAACAAUUUCACUGGUUCACACAAGUUUGUCAAGGUAGAAGCAAACGCCUCGUGUACACUGAGGCCACUGCUGUUGACAUUGUGAUCAAGUGUGUGGGUUUUUUUUAAAGACAGGAGCCAUCUUGGACUAGUUCCCAUAGAGCAUUAUAAAGAUCUCUAUUACUAAAUGCCGCCACAAUGUAGGCUCCAGCCUAUUGUGCAUCAAACAUAGCUGCUCCCUCAUUGUACACUCGGUGCAUGGUCAACUCCCAUGCUGUAUUUUUCCAGUACUUUCAGUGUUUAUGGAGAACGUUCCCUUUUUCUCGUUGUGCAAAAACUUGACUAUUUAACUGUAAUAAAAUUGUCCACAAUAUGGUAACUGUACUUUUAUGACAGAAUUUUUUUGGAGCUAUACUUGCACCGUUGUAUGUAUUCAGAACUUAAGUAUAGAACAAAUGUAGGGAUGCUGCAUUUUAGAACUUGGGUAUAUUCCACAAGCUGUAAACUCUUCAGUUCUACUUGAAGACGUGUCAUUGGUUGGUACUUGGUAUCACUGACCAAUCAAAAGAGCUGUAUUAUCACACCGUCUGUGGCACCAGUAUGUGUCGUUUGAUUGGUCAGUUUUGCUCAUAGCAAAGGCACGCAUUAAUUGGCAUGUGUGAAAUACUAACAGUGAGAAACAAAUAAAGCGAAAUAAUAUUUGUUUUCUUGUAUGAAAUACCCAGACAAAAUAUUUAAAACAAUUGCUGAAAGCUUAGAUUUGUGUAUAUUUACCCCACGUUUUGUUGUGAUACAGGGUCCUAUGUUGCUAUGGUGAUGUUUUGUAUGCUGUAAAAAUAAAACAAUUAUGAUAUAUUUUGUUUAUUCAUUUUAAUCCCUGUACACUAUUUGUUUUUGCUUAUUUUUAUUAUAGCUGAAGUAUAUUUUUUUUGAAUAGGAAUUAAAUUGUUGGAUUCGACUUCAGAUUUUUUUUUAAAACAAAUAUUGUAGCUUGGAAGUAGUUAAAGUAAACUAAUUUUGGAUAUUUUCAGUUUAAUAGUGGAAAAAAAGUACCCAGAUCAAUUUCAAUUGGCCCUUUUUUUGGGUUGCCUAGCAACCUGGACCCCCAACAAGUCAAGAUGGCCGCAUGCUGUCCUUGCCGGAAUGUUAAACUUUUAGUGCAUCUCCAACACUAAUUAUCCAAAAUUUUGUCUCGAACCAAAAAAGCAAUCUGGCAAUUCAGAUGUUGAACACAUUUUUGUGCAUCCUUUAUUUAAUACCCCUUUGAAACUUAUUUUUCUCAUUUAAAAAAAAAAAUUAUGUUGAAGAAACAUUUCAAACUGAGAUUCAUAUUAUGCAGUUAACAUAAAUCAUAAUCUUAAUAGAAGUAAAUAAUGGGAUAAAGUCUGGCAUUAUGAAACAUUUAAUAUGUCUGGUAAUUUUGUCAAAAGCUAAACAUUUUGGUCGGUCAGAAAUUUGAUGAUACAAUUUGACCUUUUAUUACUUUGGCGUCCUCCUUUUGUCAACUGAAUGAAAACCAUAAUAACGAUGCUGUAAAGAAUGGCAUAACAAAAAAAAAUGCUUUAAAAUUGUAAUAUGAAUUGUGUAGACCAACGUAAAUGUGAUUUUUGUCGUAAGUUGUAGACAUAAUGUAUGUUUCAUGUAUUCAGUAAGGAAAGGUGAAAUCGAAUAAAUAAAGGUGUAAAAAAUGUA